CGAAGAAUGUUUAGAAGUAAUUGAUGAGUUUCAUAUAAGAUUCAACUUUUCUUAUAUAUACAAACAUUGGUAGACCAAUUUAUCAUAGAUCGUUCGUUGUAUACAUACCAUUGGAAUCACACCAGUAAGGAAUCGGAAUUGAUUUGUUGUGUAAAUAUAUUGAAAUUGUUUAAUUUAGUUUACUAGUUUUGUUUGUGUACUUUUACGGUAAAAGCUAUCAUAUCAGCUAGUAUUAAAAAAAAUAAUCAUCACUAUAUAUUCCCUUUAAAUAAAGAACUUUAAGGAAGAGUUUUAAUUAAUCAUCCAUUAUAAUUUAUCAUAAUCUAAUGGCAAAAUCUCGAGUAAAUAUCCCCUUGGUGGAAUUCUUAAAGAAUAGAAUUUAUUUAGGUGCUUAUGAUUAUACACCUCAAGAUACAAAUGAUUUAGUUCAUUUUACAGUUGAAGAUGCUUUACCUUAUAAUGCAUUUCAUUUAGAUUUUGGUCCUUUACAUAUAGGAAAUUUAUAUCGAUUUGCUGUUGUUUUACAUAAUAUUUUAAAUGAAGAAUCAAAUCAAGGUAAAGCAAUAGUAUUUUAUAGUUCUACUUCACCAAAGGAAAGAGCCAAUGCUGCAUGUUUAUUAGCUUGUUAUAUGGUAUUAGUUCAAUCAUGGGCUCCUCAUCAAGUAUUACAACCAAUUGCUCAAAUAGAUCCUCCAUUUCAAGGAUUUAGAGAUGCAGGUUAUUCAAAUGCUGAUUAUGAAAUUACAAUUCAAGAUAUUGUAUAUGCAAUGUGGAGAGCAAAAGAAAGAGGUAUGAUAGAUUUAACAACAUUUAAUUUAGAAGAAUAUGAACAAUAUGAAAGAGUUGAUCAAGGAGAUUUUAAUGUAAUUUCGAAAGACUUUAUUGCAUUUGCAUCACCUCAACAAAGUAAAAAAGGUGGAUUAAAUGAACCAUUUAAAAAAGUUUUAAAUUAUUUUAUGGCAUCAAAUGUUCAAUUAGUUGUAAGAUUAAAUUCUCAUCUUUAUGAUGCAAGUGAAUUUACUAAAAGAAAAAUGAAACAUAUUGAUAUGAUAUUUGAUGAUGGUACAUGUCCAACAAUGGAAUAUGUUCAAAAAUUUGUUGGAGCUGCUGAAUGUAUUAUAAAUAAAGGUGGAAAAAUUGCUGUACAUUGUAAAGCAGGUUUAGGUAGAACAGGUUGUCUUAUUGGAGCUCAUCUUAUUUAUACUCAUGGAUUUACUGCUAAUGAAUGUAUUGCAUAUAUGAGAAUGAUUCGUCCUGGUAUGGUGGUUGGACCUCAACAACAUUGGCUUUAUUUGCAUCAAAAUGAUUUCCGUGAUUGGAGACAUACUAUGGUAUUAGAUAAUAGACCUGAUACAUUUAUAGGAGGAUUAUAUCCAUUAUGUCAAUAUGAUGAAUUUAAGAGUAGAAUGAAACAAGAAGCUAAACAAAGAAAAUUACAAGCUGCUCAACAAAGUUCUCCAUUUAGUGGUAUGGAUUCAUCAUUCCAAACUCCUAUUAGAAGAAGAAAAAUAAGUGGAGCAUUAGCAGCUAAAAUUCAAACUGCUGUACCUAUGGAAUCUCCUGGUCAACCAAGAAAAUAUAAUGAAGCAGAUGAAGGUUCAGGUACUCCUGAAUUAAUAAAUAAUUCUGAUGAAGAAAAUAUUGAAACUAUUAUAACUACAAAUCAUAAUCGAGAUGAAAAUGAUAUGAUAGAUGGUGAUUCAAUGUCAAUAUCACCUAAUAGAGAUGAUUCUAAUGAAUGGAGAGUAUUAAGAUCAAUAUCUUCUGGACCAAAUAAUCAACCAAUACAACUUACAAAGACAACCACUACUACAACAACAAGAACAGUCAGUACGACAUUAUCCUCAUCACCAAAUCCUCAAUCACCAGGAAUUGGAAUUAAAUAUCCUAAAUCUAGAUCAACUUCAAGAGGUAAUUCUAUGAUUCAAUCUAAAAGUCCAAGUUAUAAUGGAACUCGAGUUCUUUCGGCUGGUAUACGUAAAACAAGUGGAUCUAGUGGUAGAAAAUAAAUAAAUAAAUUAAUUAAUCAAUCAAUAUGAUUCUGUACUUUUAUAUAUAUAAUACGAAGAA